AUGGCAGUCUCGAUUGGGAAUCCGCAGCCGCAUGGCGGCGCCGACGAGCGGGAGACUGCAGCUGUCCGGUGCGCUGGGGCUGGCCGGUGUGCGUGGGUGUGCGCCUCCACGUCCAAUGCCGCUGCCUCGGCAUGCGGGGGGUCCACCUCGGAUCUAGGAGUGCGCCGUCGGAAGUAA